AUGCCGAUAGGUGAAAUUGAAGCAUUUUCGUUAAGUUCAAAACAGUGGCCGGCAUAUAUACGCCGCGUUAAUCAAUAUAUUUUGCUGUAUGAAAUACGCGACGAGUUGAAGGUGCCUACUUUAAUAACGGUUGUUGGUGAAGAAACUUAUGCUUUAAUGUGCGAUUUGUGUGCGCCGGCUUUCCCAGAAGACAAGACGUACGAGCAAUUAGUACGGCUAGUGACAGAGCACUUGGAGCCGCAGCGCUCGGAGAUCGCGGAGCGACACGUGUUCCGGCUGCGACGUCAACGGCCCGGCGAGUCGCUCACCGACUAUUUACAAGCGCUGAAACAUCUCGCGGCCACCUGCAAUUUCGGCAAGUGCAACACAUGCUCGACCAUCGAGGAGAACUUACGCGACCAGUUCGUAUCAGGUCUGGCUAGUGAUGCGAUGCGUGCAAGAAUAUUUGCUGAAAAGAAGAUUCAGUACAAGGAGGCGGUGGAGCUCGCACUGGCACUCGAGGCAGCAGAACGGCAUGCUGAGGUCAGUGGCAGCACAGGAGCUUCGGUGACGGACUCAUCUCCAGCAGCGGCCGAUGGGAGCUCGGCCGAGGGGCUGCAUUACACGCGCCCGGGCAGCGGGGGACGCGGCGUGCGGGGCACGCAAUCUCUGCGGUCGGCCCGGGCGGGGAGUACGGCGGGAGGCUCGGCGAACGACGCGCCGAGCGGAACGGCAACAGGACCGAGCGGAGCGGCAACGGGGCCGAGCGGAGCGGCAACGAGUGUCCGCGCGUGUUGGCGUUGCGGGAAAGCUCACGCGGCGGCUGGGUGCCGAUUCAAAACAUACACUUGUGAUAAGUGCGGCCAGCGAGGCCAUAUUAAAGUGAUGUGUAAAGUGCGGGGCAGUGUUGGCCUACAGAAUUACGUGAGUGAGGAGUCGGACGACGGUCUAUAUGAGAUCGACGAAGACGAGGGUUUGUACGAGGUAGCAGCGAAAGGUACCAAACCAUACUUUAUUAAUUUAUUGAUCGAUAACAAGAUUUUGAAAUGUGAAAUAGACACCGGUAGUCGUAUCUCGGCGAUCGCGGAGGAGUGCUACCGUAGCAUGUUUUCGCAUAAAAAAAUUAAUAAAGAUAAUAUUUGUCUACGUUCGUACUCUGGUUCACGGAUUGAGUCUCUCGGUUACAUCGAGGUGAAUGUUAAGUUAGGGAAUAAGCAUUGUGACUCAUUGCAUUUGUAUGUUAUAAAAGGCGGCGCACGGCCGUUAUUAGGUCGAGAGUGGAUGCAGGCUUUAAAUUUAAAACAAAUAACACUCAAUGUAAUCCGAGACGACGAUUUUGUGAAUCAGUUAUGUAAAGAAUUUCCGGAAGUAUUUAGUGAUAAGCUAGGCACAUGCAAGCGGACCAUUCGAUUACAGCUCGUUGACAAGGAACCGGUUUAUUUGCGCGCGCGGCCACUACCGCUUGCGCUGCGGGCGCGGGUUGAGCGGGAGCUCGCUCGUCUUGAGGCGGACGGCGCCAUCUAUCGCGUCGAAUAUUCAGACUACGGCACGCCCAUUGUGCCGGUCGUUAAGAGUAACGGGGACAUAAGAAUUUGUGGGGAUUAUAAAAUGACAAUUAACCCCAAAUUAAAAAGAGAUUUUUAUCCGUUACCUCGUAUUGAGGAAUUGUUUGCGAGUCUGAGGGGAGGUGAAAAAUUUACAAAAAUUGAUUUAAGGCACGCUUAUGAGCAGUGUCUUCUUUCCGAGGACUCGCAGCCAUGCACCGCCAUCACCACGCACAUGGGGACUUUUGCGUAUCGACGCACUCCGUAUGGUCUGUCCUGUAUACCUGAGAAGUUUCAAAAAUUAAUGGAGGAGACAUUACGCGGGGUGGCGGGGUGUGUUGUAUUUUUAGAUGACAUAUGUGUAACGGGGUCGAAUCAAAGUGAACACAUAAGAAAUGUAAGAGCUGUACUCGAACGGUUACGCGACAUGGGACUUACAGUGGAGUUUGACAAAUGUAAAUUCUUGCAGGACAGUGUAAAAUAUUUGGGCUUUAUUAUUAACAAGGAUGGGCUGCCCGGGCCCGAUCCGGAGAAAUUGGAAGCCAUUUCCAGCGCACCCACACCGGAGAACGUCACUCAAUUAAAAAGUUUCUUAGGGUUAUUAAAUUAUUAUGGACGAUUUAUUUCGAAUUUAAGUACAAUUUUACAUCCUUUGCAUAAUCUGCUAAAAAAGGGGGUCGGCUGGAAGUGGGAUUCCGAAUGUAAAAAAGCCUUCAACGAGGCGAAGCGAUCACUUCUUAGCGAACGGGUACUGGCGCAUUACGAGGAGGGGCGGGAACUUGUAAUAUCGGUGGACAGCAGUGCGUAUGGGUUGGGCGCUGUGCUCGCGCACCGCUACGACGACGGCAGCGAGCGCCCCGUUAGCUGCGCCUCGCGCACGCUUAACGCGGCCGAGCGCAACUACAGCCAGCUCGAUAAAGAGGCGUUAGCUAUUUUAUUUGGCAUCACCAAACACCAUCAGUACCUUUUCGGGAGACGGUUCACGUUGCGCACCGAUCACCAGCCCCUAACAUACAUUUUUGGAGGCAAGGGUAGUAUCCCCCAGACGGCCGCGAGUCGGCUGCAGCGUUGGGCGGCACGCUUGGCCGCAUACGAUUUUAAAGUCGAAUUCGUUCGAUCGGCGGACAACGGUCCGGCCGAUGCAUUGUCUCGCCUACCCUUGGCUAAGGAGGGUCGCUCCGUGGACUCGGUCGAUUAUUUAGACUUAGUAGAGGAUUCGGUACCCGUUGGUUAUAAGGACGUCGCUAGGGAGACCGAACGCGACGCGUUAUUAUGUAAAAUUAAGCGUUAUGUUAUGUUCGGCUGGCCGACGGCCCCGAGUUGCGAUGAGGAAAGACCUUAUUUUGCUAGGAAACAGGAUUUCGCAAUUGAACACGGCUGUUUGAUUUAUAAAUAUAGGAUUGUAAUUCCUACUGUCUUACAACAAAAAGUUUUGGAGGAAAUUCAUGAUGGCCACCUUGGUAUGAAUAAAAUGAAAUGCUUGUCUAGAAGUUAUGUGUACUGGGCCACCAUGGAUAGAGACAUAGAGGAGACGUGCAGGGCGUGCGCGGCGUGCCGCACCGUGCGGGACGCGCCGCCGCGUGCGCCGCUGCACCCCUGGGAGUUCCCGCUGCACCCGUGGUUGCGCAUCCACGCUGACUUCGCUGAGUGCGGCGGUAAGCGCUAUCUAAUUAUUAUAGACGCACAUUCGAAAUGGUUAGAGGCGAUCCCGAUGCGCAACACGAGUGCAGAGAGUACUAUAAAAGUUUUUAGAAGUGUGUUUUCACGUUUCGGGCUCCCAUCGCAGCUCGUGACCGAUAACGGGCCACCAUUCUUCUCGCAGGAUUUUAAAGUCUUUUGUGAAAACAAUUGCAUAAAGCACACCACCUCGGCCCCUUACCGACCUCAGGCGAACGGUGCCGCGGAGAAUGCCGUUAAAACAAUUAAAAAAGCAAUUAAAAAAGCACUACACGAGGGCAAUGAUGUGAACACGGCACUGACUAAAUUUUUGUUUAAAUACCGCAACUGUGAACACGCCACGACGGGCGUGUCGCCGGCCGUGGCGCUGCUGGGUCGGCGGAUGCGCAGCCGGCUAGACGCGCUGCGGCCGGACACCGCAGCGGCUGUGCGCGACAAGCAGGAGCGGCAGGCGGCCCGCGCCGCCGGCCAUCUCAGAGAGUUUAGCGUGGGGGAGACUGUACUCGCGCGCGACUAUGCAUCGAAGGGGAACAAAUGGGCCGAAGCCACGGUGGUCAAAAGGACCGGGCCGGUUUCCUAUAAGGUAGCCUUGGGCAAUGGUGUGGAAUGGCGUAGACACGCGGACCAGGUGGUCCCAGCCAAGGGACGGUUUUCGUUGUCCCGUACCAGCCACACGUCUACGGGUAACGGGUUAGAGUUACAGACCGAGGAGUCCGAGGUCGGUGCGGAGUCGGGAGGACAGCCUAUGGAUGAGGCAUCCAGCGGUGGCGAGUCCCCGGCGGCGUCGCCCCGCGCAGCGACCGAGUUAUCUCCGAGGCAGCCGGGGGCUACGCCACCCCAGAUGUCUGCCCGCGCACUGCGUGCUUUAAAGCGGGCCAAAUUUAAUGUAUUAGCUUAG